GCCAAUUGAUGGCAUAUUGUAUGGUCCCUUAAGAGAUUUUACAACCGUUGGGAUUUAGAAUCCAAUCCGAAAAAGUAAAACUUCCUCCUUUCCCUAUAUUUUUUAUCCACAAAAAAGACCUCACUUGUAUUUGAUCAAACAUCCGAUCGAUCCACAUUCGCAUGGCCCCCUUCGAAUACUACCUCAUUCCUGGUAUUCCAAGUUGUCCAUACCAAAGAGUACCAAACAGCAGUCCAGCCCAGUCGGUUGUUGAUGGACAAGUUUGCUGUAUCCUGAUUUCGUUGUGUAUAAUCCCUUCCUCUCCGCCUUCCACUCCACGGGAGUUAAUCAGUACAGUAUGGGUAGAAAUAGUAUGCUAUGCUGCUAUUAAUUGCAAACCAAUUGUGCAUGCAAGGCAAGGCAAGCAAGCAGAUGGGGACAACUUCUCACUUUCGUUUGGAUAUUGAUGAAUCUCUUGGGAUUAACUCGUCCAAAGGAAUGGCGCACAGCAGAAGGGAUAGAAUACGAUUUUUGACUACCAGAUCACCUCAGCGACUCUCAUGAAACCGUAAGUUUUCCCUUUUUUUUUUUUUCUUUUCUAUGUUAAUCCUGCAAUUCGACUUGGGUGUGCUUCGGAACUGACUUCUUGAUUGUCUAUUGUUUAGUGCAAUGUAUUCUAUAUCAUAAGGUUGUGUUAGUGUUUGGAAACUUGUAUUUCAAAUUUAUGUAAUCCAGAACUGAGUCAACCCCAAAGCAUUUCCCCUUUAUAAAUCUAAUUAUGUCUA